UGCGCGAAUAAGUGGUUUGCGUCGCCUACUGAUGACGUAAAAGGAAUACGCAUGAAAGUCGGGAGGCGAAGGAAGGGAUGUGGAGGUUUUGUUCUUCUGUGAAGACUAACCAAGGAACAGUAAACACUUUGCUUCUAAGUUUUACUACAAAUCUUGCAAAUCCUGCUAUAAGAAAACUUUUCUCAGUUCACACCAGAAGCAGAUUUGCAGGAAUGUUGCCAGCAGCAGAUGCAAAGUACGAAAAUGUGGAUUUGUAUGCGCCUCCGGCGUUUGUUCGUGGAAUGACUAAGCUAAAUAGAGAAGCUUUUAAGAAAAGCGUCUCUGUACCUGCUUUACGAGUGAAGAAGGAAAUUAUAAACAAACUUAUGAAAUCUUUAAAGAGUAUUGCUCUUCAGCGGCCAGGUGUUAAGAGAGUUGUGGAGGAUCCUACAGAUGAAGACCACAAACUAGUGCUUUUGGAUCCAUAUAAAAUUUCCCCUGGGGCUUCCUUUGGUGAACUAGAAAAAAAUGUUUUGAAAGAGCACAAUGUCAGUAUAGAAAUACACAAAUACAACUUGGAGAUGACAUACGAGAAUUUCAAAUGUGAGGAAAUCCUGCGUGCGGUGCUACCAGAAGGACAGGAUGUGACAUCAGGAUUCAGUAGAGUUGGUCAUAUUGCCCAUAUGAAUUUACGUGAGCACCAGCUGCCAUACAAGCACCUAAUUGGAGAUGUGAUAAUUGACAAGAAUCCAGGUGUGACCUCAGUGGUCAACAAGAUGAAUACUAUUGAUUCCACAUAUCGCAACUUUCAGAUGGAAGUGUUGGCAGGAUUAGAAGACAUGGUUGCCAAGGUCAGAGAAAAUAACGUCACAUAUGAGUUUGACUUUUCCAAAGUGUAUUGGAACCCCAGGCUCAGCACAGAGCACGAGCGGAUCGUUCAACUUUUGAAGUCAGGAGAUUUGGUAUUUGAUGUCUUUGCAGGUGUUGGGCCUUUUGCAAUACCUGCAGCAAAGAAAAAAUGCAUUGUUUUUGCCAAUGAUCUCAACCCAGAGUCUCAUAAAUGGCUGCAGCACAACUGCAAAUUGAACAAAGUAGACCAAAGAGUUAACCUCUUCAAUUUAGAUGGUCGAGACUUCAUCACCAACAUUGUUAAAGGCCAGCUUGCAAAACUGUUAAACACAGGAACAGAGCAGAAUUGUGGCAUCCAUAUUAUCAUGAACCUUCCUGCUCUAGCAGUACAAUUUCUGGAUGCUUUCAAAAACUUGCUAGAAGAGCCAGACACUUCCAAGGCUGUUUUACCACACAUUCACUGCUAUAGUUUUUCAAAACACGAUGAUCCUGCAGAGGACGUGAUGAAGCAAGCUGAAGAUGUCCUAAACUGUGAACUGCGUAGCCAUUGUUCAGUCCACUUAGUGAGGAAUGUUGCCCCCAACAAAGAGAUGGUGUGCAUUACCUUCCAAAUUCCAAGAGAAGUGAUAUUCCAAAAGCAGAAAGAAAGCAAAGAUGUAUGGGAGGAACCAGAGUCAAAACGUCUCAAGACUAGCAACAUUGUGAGUGAAGACCAGAGCGUCUCUUAGACUAACUAAACUGUACUUUUACAAUGAUUCCCCCAAAUAUAAUUGAAAUAUAUGGACUUGACAGAAUAUUGUAAAUAAAAAUGUAAAACUAAAAAGGUAUUUGAACUUACUGGAAGGCAUCAUAAAUAUCUUGAAGAGUCA